UAUCAGGUUUAAUGGAUUUAAUACUGUAUUAAAGUUCCCACCUGUUAUUAUUUGGGAGUCUGAAAAUUCUGAAAAUAUUGUAAAGAAAUUUUGAAAAAAUAAUUGACUAUCUGUGUUUGGACCAUAAACUUUGGCUUUUGUUAGUGUCUGAUUGUACAUAGAUAUAUUAAUUAUUACCUUCAGGAUCCACAAUAGUUUUAUGGUGUGUUACUUGUAUAUUUUUAGCAAUCAAAAUGUAAAGUCGUCUUUGUCUUGAAUUAUAUUUUUAAUAAAAUACUUGGUUAUACUGGGUUGUUUUUAGAUCAAUGUGAUCUGUGUUUCCUGAAGGAGACAAAUAUCAGCAUGUAGAUCAGAUAAAUGUUCAAAUAUUUUCAUAUUUUUUUUACAUGAACCUUAAUAUUCCAGCUAAUAACAUUAGAUAUUGCAUUUUAUAGUGAUAAAUUCAGUAAAUAUUAAGGGGAAAAAACAAACAGGAGAAAAAAACAAGCUAAUAAAUUUUAAAUAAGCAGAAACAUAAUUAAACAAGAUGGCAUUAUUUAAAUAAAAACACAGCAUGUUCAGGUUAGAGAAGCCUGGAUGUGGCGUCUUUGUCUCGGUAUAAUCUGCCACUAUUAUCACGGCUUUCUUUCCUUCAGUCAUCUUCAACUUUCUGAUGGGAAAAAGUUUUUUCCUUCUUUCGUUUAUUUCCUGUGGAAAUUGUUCAUUCAGUCCAUAAUUAAUCCUCUCAGUUCUCUUCUUUGUUGCUGUGCCAUUUGUUUAUGUUUAAAUCUUUCAAAUUUGGGCCGUUGUUUGGUGGUUCUAUUUGUUGUUGACUGAAUUCCAGACAGUCAUGCAAAGCCUGAAAUUCGUUAUGCAGUAAUUCGAUCAAUGAACGUCUAUUUUCGAAUUCAGGCAGCUUUUGACGAUAAGAUGCCACUCACCUCUCGAGGCCUGGGAUUGAAUGACAAUGUGGGUGAGGAGAAGCCAGAGCUCAGGAUCGUUCUUGUCGGGAAAACUGGAGUCGGAAAAAGUGCAGCAGGAAACACCAUUUUAAGGAAGAGAGCUUUUGAGUCUAAACUCUUUCUUUCCUCUGUGACACAGGCCUGUCAGAAGGAAACCAGUGAUUGUGGUGGCUUAAAUCUGGCUGUUAUUGAUACUCCAGGUCUGUUUAAGACGGGUAAAAGUAAUGAAGAGGUUGUGAAAGAGAUCGCUGAAGGCAUCAGCCUGGUGGCUCCUGGUCCUCAUGUCUUCCUGAUUGUGCUGCAGCUGAACAGAUUCACAGAAGAAGAAAGAAAAACCUUGGAAAUAAUCCAGAAAAUGUUUGGAGAAGAAGCAGCCAAAUACACCAUGGUGCUGUUUACCCAUGGAGACGAGCUGAGAGAGGAACACAUGACAAUGGAAAACCUGUUGGAAACAUCCGAGCCUCUAACAAACUUCAUCAGUCAGUGCUCCAUCUUGCAGACAUUCGAAGAUAAAUAUCAUGUUUUUAACAACAAAGUUGAAGAUCCUACUCAGGUCAGGAGACUGCUAAGGAAGAUCAACAGGAUGGUUCAGCGAAAUGAAGAAAGUGGAGGAAGUUUCUACUCCAAUGAGAUGUUUGAAGAGGCACAGAGAGCCAAGGAACAAGAAGAGGAGCAACUGUUCCUAGAAAAUCCAGACAUUAACCCUCAAGAUGCAAGAAGACAGGCAGAGAGUGACAACUCAUUUAUCCGUGCUGCUCUGAAGGCUGCUGGUGGAGCUGCUACUGGAGCCAUUGCUGGAGUUGCUACUGGACUGGUUUUGAAUACUACGACUGCUGGAGCUGUUAUUGGGGGCAGGGAGGGAGGAGCUGUAGGAGCUGCAGUCGGAGGAUCAGUGGGAGCAAUGGUUGGAGCGGCACUAGCAGUGAAAGAGAUGGCCUGCAUUAUACAGUGAUGAUGACGUGUCUGAUGUUUGGUCUGCAUCUUAUUAAACCCUGAUUUCAUAAUUAAUGUAACAUGUUCAGUUGUGUUUUGCAACAUUAACAGCCUGAGUAUUAGAGCGUGUGAAGCAUAGGCGUGAUCUCCAUCAUAGGACAUGAACCUGCUCUUUUUCACAUGCUUUAUAAUUAAAUACAUUGUUGUCAUCUCUGUAA